AUGGAAAUCGAUCAACCUGAGCCUGCUGGCACAACCGCUGUAUUCCUCUUUCUGGCAGAUCUUGAGCACUUUGUUCCUGUGCACUGGGCUUGGACCUCAAGUGAGCUCAGAUUUCCAGAUGUGACGGAGUAUGUUGCGCAUGAAUCUGUGUGGAGCCAACAUGCCAUCCUGAUAGACAUUUUGCACAAUUUAGUCUCGGCUCGUCUAUCGGCUGAUUGGACCCUGUGGAACGAUCUU